AUGAAAGAUGUCGACAAUAAUGAAGACCCCACAUCUACUAGCAGUAGCAUCGCUAAAGUUGAAGACGAUUCCUUUUUUGACAGUGCCGAAAAAGAUAUAAAUUCCUCUAUUUGCCCUGAGUCCAAUCAUGGUGUUACUGGUGGUGAGGACGAAAACUUCACUCCCUUGAAACUUUCCAGUUCUACUUCAGAAGCAAAGUUGGAUAAAAAUAAAGAUCUGGUGUUUGAUACGACAAGAAAGUUCCCAACCGACUGUGGUCAUGUUAAGGAAAACAUAACAGAUUGUGAUUUGAAAAUACUGGUUAUGCAUCACGAGUCAUGCAGACCGACAGGACCCUUUGAAUAUGAAGAUGAGGAAGGGAAUUCAAUAGUUAAUUUCAGUGCCAGAUACUAUAUUGAUAAUAUGUCAAUACAAAGACUUUGGUUAUGCUAUUCAAUGGAACUGCAAAAACCUUAUUGUGAAGUUUGUUGGUUGUUUGCUGAUCGUGCAUCACCAAAUUAUGAAAAUCAUAGAAGAUGGAUAAAUGGUGUAUCUGGUAACUUGCAUAAUAUGCUUGAAAAAAUUAAGAGGCACAAAGCUUGCAACAUGCAUAUUCAGGCAACUGCAGUCUAUAGGAGAUGGAUGAAGAUAAUGAGAAAGAAAUCAGAAACAAUGCUCUCUUCUGGGUUAAAGUUCUUGACCGAAUCAUAA